UUGGCGGUCUGGCCGCUCCCUCUCGCAGUGGACGGGGCUGUGCGUGUUUGCAUUCAUCAGGCUGGGGAGGGGCAUAGCCCGGGGUAGCCCCUCCUGUGCUAUUGAUAACACAUUCAUGCUCCACGCAGCCCGCUAACGGGGCAAUCCCCCAUGCAGGCUGGCCCGCGCUCCUGCUAGCCGGCGCCACCUCCACCUCUACGUCUCGCGGGGCGCGGAGCCCGCGGCGGAUGCACGGAGGCAGCUGCAUGAGCAGAGGCGGCGGCGGGCAGCAGCGGAGAUGAGGCUGCCCGUGGCGCUGGCGCUGGCGGUGCUGGGCGCGCUGGGCGCGGCGGCGGCGGGGGCGGGCGAGGCGGCGGCGGGCUGGGCGCGCUCGGGGCAGUUCUCCACGCGGGAGCAGCACCUGUGCAGCUGGCGCCUGCUGCCCGCGCCCGGCGCCACCGAGCUGCGGCUGAGCUGCCAGGCGGCGGCGGGGCCCGCGCAGCAGUGCGCCUACCGCGGGCAGCCCGAGCGCUGCGCCGCCUACGCCGCCAAGGGCCGCCAGUACUGGAAGCAGAUCCUGGGCAAGCUGCGCCGCAAGCGCCACCCGUGCCAGGACCGCAGCCCGCUGCGCGCCCGCCUCUGCGCCGCCAAGCAGGGCCCGCACGAGGCGCAGCUGCACCUGCUGCCCGCCAGCCCCGGCCCCGGCCCGGGCCCCAGCGCGGCGGCGCCCGCCCCGGGCCAGCCCCGCGCCAAGGAGCCCGCGGAGAAGCGCGGCCGAGCGGGCAAGAGGAAAGCGCGGCCCGGCGCCACCGCAGCGCCCGGCGGGCAGCGGCCCAGCGCGGCUGCAGACGGCUCCGAGCCGCCCACGGGCCUCAGCGAGGACCUGGCCGCCACCUACUGCUCCGAGAACUGGCACUCGCUCUGCUCCUUCCUCGUCAACUUCUGGCACGGCUGAGCCGGGCGGUGGCCCCGGCUUGUAAAGCGCUUCCCACCGCGUGGGAAUA